CCAAACCUGGCAAUAGUUGGCACGUGUCUAGCUACGCAAACGAGUAAGAAAAAAAAAAAAAAACAAAGAAAGAGACCAAACACAAGAAAAGAGGGAACAAUUAAAGCACGACGCAGCAGUAGCAGUAGCAGCAGCCGCGCGCCUCUGGAGAAUGCGCUGCGUUGCAUGCCAGCCUUCGCGAUGCAGAGAUUGAGCGCCUCGUCCAUGGCACUGGCGGGAGGCCGCGUCUCGCCGUCGUCUGUGCUGCUGAUGAGGCCAAUGACCAUGACUACGACGACGAUGGCGACUACAGCAUGUUCUCAUAAUGCUCAACGUAUUCUUUCCACCCUCUGUCGGCCGGCGAGCCGUUCACUACUGCCUGCUGUCUCCCAGAGUCUGUUGCUGCCACAGCGGUCGUUUUCCAUCACGAGACCUUGGCUGUCGCUGGCGAAAAAGGAGCACAAGGGCGAUGGCCAAAGAGGGACGACCAAGCAACAGCCAAAAGUUGUCGGCGCUGCAGAGCCGCUGGCAGUAACGCCGGCAUCAGGCAAGUCUGCGUUGGCGCGAGAGAACAUUUACACGAUCCCCAACAUCUUGACGGCCUCGCGCCUGGUGAUUGCGCCCUUUAUCGGAUACUGCAUCGUGCACGACUAUCAUGCCACGGCCCUGGGCCUCUUUGCCUACGCCGGGGUCUCGGACCUGCUCGAUGGCUGGAUCGCACGGCGGUGGAAUCAAGGCACCGUUGUCGGUACCAUCAUUGAUCCGAUGGCUGACAAGAUGCUCAUGAUGAUAUUGACUGUUAGUCUGGCUGUCAAGGGUGCACUGCCGCUCUGGCUUGUAACUCUCAUCGUCGGCCGCGAUGUUGGUCUAGCAUGCUCAGCCAUAUACUACAGGUGGGUCUCCCUGCCGCCACCCAAGACCUUUAUGCGAUACUGGGACUUUUCGCUGCCCUCUGCCGAGGUGCGGCCGACAACAAUCAGCAAAUACAACACCUUUCUGCAGCUGGCUCUCAUGGGGUUGACCACCACCGCCCCUGUGGUUCCGUAUGACCUUGAUGGGGCGCUGGCUGCCAUGCAUUGGGUUGUGGCCGUCACGACAGUCUGGAGUGGCGCUAGCUAUGUUUUCAGCAAGGACGCGGUGAAAAUUCUGUCACAGGCAAAGGCUGUCGACAAGAAGCUGAAGUAGCUGCAAGUACAGGUGGCAAGGAGGGGGCGUGGGUGGGUUGAUAAUGCGCGAAAAAAAUACGUACUUAAUGAUGAGACUGGAUAGUCUAAAGUCUAAAGUGUAUACUAUUUUCACCCUAUGGACACACGUGCUAGAUUUACUUCUAAUACGACAGCAUGCAAGUAUCCCAAAAGAGGGCAA